ACAUAUUUCUAUAAGGAAAUAUAAGUUAAUGUCCUGUCCUGGGAAAAUGGCAGAUUUCGAUCCUUGUAAAUCGUCAGAUGAAGAUCGAGAUUCAGAUUCAGAUUCUGGAAACACAUCGGAAGAGGACAUGUCUGACGAAGUCAGAUGCAAAAAGUCGAAUAAAAGUGGAAAAACGUCGGACAAACCAGAUCCGGAUAAACCAAAUGCCGAACCUGGAACUGAAUCGAUAUUAAAGAAGGUUCUACUAAGAAGAGUGCUACCCUGUGCAGCUCUUGGUGUAACAGCAGUUAUCGCCGCACCUUUUGCUCUGGGUGCGAUAGGUUUUGGUGCAGGUGGCAUUGUGGGUGGUUCUUGGGCUGCUGGUAUGAUGUCGUCUGCUGCAAUUGCAAAUGGCGGUGGCGUUGUAGCCGGAAGCGUUGUCGCAGUUUUACAGUCCGCCGGCGCCGCCGGUGUAAGUGCCGCAGCCAAUGUAGGAAUCUUUACAGCUGUCACAACUGCCACCGCGGGGGUCGCAGAGGCAGGGAGUCGAAUUCAAAACAAAAUACAAGAAAAGUUGAGUGACGACAAACCGGACAACGUUAUGUGAAUAACAAAGUAUUCCUUAAAGAUGUGAUUUUUACGAGAAAUGUGUUCAUUACAUAUAUUCAAAAACAAUAACAUUACUUAAUUGGCUUGUUUGCAUACCUGCUGUUUGAUCACAGGAGCCUGACAUUCUAUUAAUAAUACAAGUCUAUAUAUUAUCAUGUAAAAAGUCCACCCUCUAUAUAAAAAAUAUAGAGGAGGUCUUUUUUAUAAAAAGACUUUUAGUGGCUAAUGGAUAGAUUUUCAGGCUCUUGUGGUUUGAUCCGUAUUUUUUCAUUUGAUUUUCCUUUAAUAUAAGUACUAUUUUACAUUGUUAUAAAGCUUAAAAACUCCAAUGAUGUAUUCCCAGUAUUUUUUCAUAAAAAAAUGAUAGGGUUUUAUUCCAUUGUGAUUUAUGGCCAUUUCAAAAUUGCAAUUAAUGUAUGGCUCUAGUUUUUGACUAGUUUGAGCGAAUUUUAUGAAAUAUCUUAGUAUAAAAUCAACGUGUACUUGUAAAAAAAUUUAUCAAAUUAAAACAAAGAACAAACAUGUUUGAAAAUUUUAAUUGAACAAAGUUUUACAAUAACAAUUAUAUUUUUGCCCAAAAAGUAAAAAAAAAAAUAUUCGAAGGAUUACUACAACUACAUGGAUACCUUUAAAAUGACGAAUAGUGUAAUUGGAUUUCUUAAAAUAAUUUAAGAAAAAUACGAAAAAAAUCCCGUGGAUCAAACAGUAGAAAAAUAGAUAAACGCCGGCCAGAAGAUCUGCUUACAUGUAUUUAUAAAAUGUGUUCGAUGAUGCAAUAUGUUGCAAUAUGAUUAUUUUCAAUUUUGAAAUAUUGUUUGUAAUUUGUGUGUGUUUAUGCGUACUAAAAUCAUAAUGGAGCAAGAUGAGGAAAUAUAUGACACACUCGUAGUGCUAUUAGAUAGUGAAAAAGUGAUUUGUAUCUAACGUGGAACCAUGAUUGAUAUAUUUUCAAAAAGAAGGUGUGUCAGUGGAUAUUUCAGGACAGUCGAAUUCAGUAUUCUACAAUAUUUAUUAAGCUUACUGGUCCAGCUAUUCAUUCUUCCUUUUUUACAAUGUACAUAUUAUAUAAAAUUUGAUGUGGGAAAAGUAUGAAGAGAUAUAGAGUUUAUAGGAAGUUAUGUCUCUCAGAUUUCUGUACAUAGUAGUCUAGCAUUUACUUUGUCUUUCAGUUUUGUUUGUUGUAUUUUGUGAUUUUUCUGAAUGGGAAUAAAAUAAAAACCGA